CACCCGAAAAAUUAUACUCAACUCAAUGUUAGAUAAAAACCACUUUAAAAUGUAGAAAACUAAUUGAACUUCGAAUUUAUUUUGUGUGUAUUAGCCGCUAGAUCAUACAUUCAUAAUUUACUCGUCAGCAUUUUUUGAUCCGCGCUAAUUUUCGAACGUAGCUGGAUUAUUUGGUUCGAAUCUGGCGCAAACAACAAUCAGUGGUAGUGUCAAAUUUGUAAAAUUUGAUUCUUUUUCUAGUAAUUGUAAUAUUUAGAAAAUUCGGAACAUAAAAAGGCAAAGAUGUCUCACUUUGAGUUUAUGAUACCAAUCCAGAGGGAUGACCUUCUGGAGGCAGGAAGCAGUGGAGGAUAUACUGUCAGACAUGUCUCUGAUGUGGGAGAGUUACGAAGCAGUGUACAUGAUCUUGUUGUCGCUCUGUCCACUGAUCGGGGGGAGUUUGUCCUGGACAAAUUUGAUCUUCUCUUCAGCUCCGUAGUUAACUUCUCGUCUCUGAAGACUGCUGAUCGAGAGCAGAUAUGGGAAACUGUGAACAAAGGUUUCGUUUACCUGACCGGGGACCUGUCGGCGCUGCUGGAGUCAGAGGACUGUCUGGACUCGGAGACGCGACUCAGGUACCUGAACCUGCUGAAGAUGAGCACGUACGUGCUGUGUCAGCUGGCCGAGGCGUUCGAAGAUGCCGCCCAGCAGCCGGCCGACAUCAUCACAACGGGGAAGGGCCAGAGGAAAGCAGCCAAAUCGGCCAGCUCGGAGGAGUCGACGGUCGACUGGGAGCCGCAGCGGUUCCGCGUGCUCCGCCAGCUGUACGCGGUGCUGCAGCUGCAGCUGCGCCGGCUCUGGGAGCCGCCCGUGCCCGACGAGGAGUUUGUCAACGCGAUUGGAAACGUGUGCUAUCAUUUUCUGUCGCUGACGAGCGUGGGCCACGUCCGUAACAAGCAGCUGCGGGAGAGCAUCUUCCAGGUGCUGGGCACCCUGGUGCGCUCCUACGGGCACUCGCUCAGUUGCAGCCUCAAGAUGAUUCAGAUGCUGCAGCAGUACGAGCACUGUCCGGCGCCUCUGGCGCAGGGCGCCGUCACCAUAGCGCUCGAGUACCAGGGCCGCGGCCUCAUCAACGACAUGGUGCGGGAGAUCGCCGGCACAGACGCCGAGGACCUGGCCAAGGACGGUGCCGCCACGCGCCACUACGCCGAGUUCCUGAGCCUGGUGGCCGUGCAGGCGCCUGACCUGGUGCUCAACAACAUCUGCUUACUCAUCGGCCAUCUGGAUGGCGAGUCUUAUCUAAUGCGUAACGCGGUGCUGGCCAUCCUGGGCGACAUGAUCAGCCACGUGCUCAACGGCGAGCAGCUGGAGCAGAGGCAGCGCGCUCUGCGGGACGACUUUCUCGACGCGCUCAAGCAGCACAUGCACGACAUACACGCGUUCGUGCGCACCAAGGCUCUGCAGAUCUGGAAACGUCUGGUGUCGGAGGGUGCAGUGCCGCUCAGUUGGCAGCGCGCGGUACUGCGACGGGCCGUCGGUCGACUGAGGGAUACGUCGAGUAACGUGCGGCGCGCCGCGCUCCAGCUCGUCACCGCCUUCCUGCAGGCCAACCCGUUCGCCGCCAAGCUGCCGGUGGCCGAGCUGGAGCAGCAGUACAAGGCGGAGCGGGCCAAGCUGGCCGAGCUCGGCGUGGAACUGGAGGAGGACGGCGAGGAAAAGGCAGAGGACGAUGACGACGAGGAAGAGGAAGAAGAGGAGGAGGAGGAUGUCCUCACCAAGGCCGUCAACAAGGCCAGGAAGCACAUCGAAACGGUGCUGACUGCUGCAGCUGUAAAAGAUACAGCCGACCCGUCGCUGCAGGAGUCCCGUCAGCAGCUACUGGCCCUGCUGACGGCUGACGGUCAGCUGGACGCCGCUGCUGCUGCUGACCAGCUGCUGGCUCAGCCCGCUCUGCUGCCGGGCCUGCUGCCGACCGCCGGCGGACCCGCCAAGGACUCCCAGGAGGCCAAGGAUUCCCAGGAGUCGGCCAAGGAGAGCCAGGAUUCUGAGGAGCAGGAGCCUGCGAAGGAGGAGGUUGUUUCGAUGACGCGAGAGGAGCUGGCGGCGGCGCUGGAUGCUCUGGUCAUGGCUGCCGACGCCACCGGCGAUCCGGACAAGCAGAUGCAGGUGGACAAGCAGAAGAUGAUGGUGCUCUACUUCAAGGACUCGGUAGUGUUCGCCCGUCUGAUUGACGAGGCCAUUCCCGACAUCUGCGGCUUUCUGGGCUCGGCUCAGACCUCGGACAUUCUGGAGGCUGUGUCCUUCUUCGUCACCGCGUUCGAGUUCGGCCUUCUGAAGGCGAUGGUGGGCAUCAGACAGAUGCUCAACCUGAUCUGGUCCAAGGAGAAGGGCAUCAAAGAGGCCGUGGUGGACGCCUACAAGCGGCUCUACAUUCCCACCGAGGGCAACGAGAGGUUCCGGGCGCACCAGGUGGUGACCAACCUGUCCGCUCUCUGUGAGGACGCCUCUCUCUCCGAGCUGACCGCUCUCGAGGAGCUGGUCGUGCAGCUGGUGGGCUCCGGCCAGAUCGGGCCCGCCUGUAUCCAGCUGCUCUGGGAGAGGUUCACCGGGACGGCUGGCGAGCAGCCGGCGGCCGCCCGGCGCGCCGCGCUUAUACUCAUCGGCAUGGUGGCCGGUGCCGAGCCGAGUGUAGUGAGCACCAACCUGGACGUCCUGGUCGAGCACGGUCUGCGCGGCAGCGGCGGCGGCACGGACGGGAAGCCCCCCGAUUUCCGAAUGAUACAGAGUAUCUGCACGGCCGUGCUGAAAAUGGCGCCCAAAAAACCGCGCGCCGACGACCCGCUGCCGCCGCUCAGACUGGCUCCGGACCACCAGCUGUUUGCUCUUCUCGCCGACAUCCUGGUGGCCGGCCUGCCGCACACCGAGGACGUCUUCUACACGCCCAUGGCGCACGCGGCCCUCGAAGUCAUCUACCAGCUGUCGGACCGUCCCGACUCGCUGAUGGAGUCUCUACUGCGCCGUCUGAACGCCGCUGUAGCGGGCGCCGGCAGUGCUCAGAUGGCCCGCUGGCUCUCCGUGGUCGGUCAUACGGCCAUCUGCCACCUCACUUACCUCGACGUUUACGUGUUCACCGAGCUGAAGCGAAGGAAUAGGAUCCGAGAGGAGGCGGCUGGUAGGAAGACAAGCCAGCGCGGCUCGCAGGAGACGCCCGGAUCGGCCAGCGGCACACCGGUGCACGCCAGGCGCAGGCUCUCACAAGACGGGGACGAGGAGGAUGAGGAGCUGAUGGGAGCGGCCGCCAACGACACGGAGGCCGAGUUUAUCAGCAGUCUGUGCGAAAACCACGUGGUGAACGGCGACGGACUGCUGGCCGCCUACGUGCCGCUGCUGGUGGAGAUAAACAGCGAGCCGGAGCGGUUCCAGCACCGGAACGUGCGACGGGCCGCCGCGCUGGCGCUCUCCAAGUUCAUGCUGGUCUCCUCUGUGGUCUGUGAGGAACACCUGCAGCUGCUGUUCACGGUGCUGGAGCGCUCCAACGACGACAUCAUCCGCUCCAACACGCUGGUGGCGCUGGGCGACAUGCUGUUCCGCUUCCCCAACCUCGUCGAGCCGUGGACGCCCAACAUCUACGCCAGACUGCGAGACGACUCGGUGCGGGUGCGACGGACCACGCUGACCGUGCUUACCCAUCUGAUCCUCAAUGACAUGGUCAAGGUCAAAGGUCAGAUCUCCGAGGUGGCCGAGCGGCUCGUCGAUUCGGAGGAGACACUGCGAGUGAUGGCGAAGGAGUUUUUCAGCGAGCUGGCGCACAAGGGUAACGCGCUGUACAACGUGCUGCCAGACAUCGUGUCGCGUCUCUCCGAUCCGGAGGUUGGCCUGCCGGAGGACGAUUUCCGCACCGUCCUGCAGUUCGUGCUCGGACUGAUCCAGAAGGACCGCCAGCUGGAGUCCCUGGUGGAGAAGCUGUGCCACCGUCUGCGGGCGGCGGCCGAGCCCCGGCAGUGGCGUGACCUCGCCUUCUGCCUGUCACUCAUCAACUUCAGUGAUCGGUGUGUGAAGAAACUUCUGGAGAACUUCUCGUGUUUCGCCGAAAAGCUCCACGAAAAGGACGUUUUCGACUGCUUUAGCAAGAUCGGGAACGACGCCAAGCAGGGGUCCAAGUCGGGCGAGGCACGCGCCACCUGCGAGGAGUUCGAGACCCGACUGAAGGAGGCGCGAGAUAAGGCCGUAGAAGACGACAACGCGGCCACGGGUGCCAACCGCGCGGCCGCCAAGAAACAGGCUGCAGCAGCCGCCAAAGCAGCGCGUGCUGAGAAGGCGGCCAACAUGCCCGCGGACCUGACCCCGCGCCGUUCGGCGUUGAGCGCCAGCCGACAGCGGGCCACGCGCCGCAGGACGGCCUCGUCGAGCGACGGAGGGUCCUCCGCGGAGGAGGAGGAGGCCGAGGAAGAGGAAGAGGUGGUGUCCCCCGCGGCGCGGCGGGCCGCCGCCAGCUCCGGGGAGGACGCAGAAGAGGAGGAAGAGAAGGAAGAAGAGAAUGGAGAGAAGGGAGAAGAAUCAGAGGAAGAGAAGCCCCGCCCGGCCGGCCGGUCGGCCCGCGGCGGCCGCUCUACUCGAAAGCAGUCUAAGCAGCCGGCGGAGAGCGGAAGACCGGCGCGACAGGCGCGCAGCACUCGCUCCCGACGCUGACCGCAGCUGUAAGGAGUCGUCUGCGCUCGGACCAGCCUUCCGCGCCACUGUCCGUCUCCCCUCGCGUCUUCCAUAGGGACUGCGGUCUGUGGGGUAUGCCGCUGUUAUUCUCUAGUGCUGAUAGAUCUAUGCUUAGCGAGCCGGUGAACGAUGGACAUUUUUCCGAGCAAAUGUUUCACGUUCUGAUUCUCUAGUGCUUGAAGGUAGUUCUCCGCGCCGGUAGUGGUUUAUUUCAGUGUUUGAUGGCGCCAUGUCACGAACUCGGUAAGCGCUGUAAGGUUUCACGAAUGCGUGAGACCUUUCGUUUCUCGCUGGGAUAGUUAUGUUAGCGUG